AUGGUAUUCAUAUCGAUCAUGAUCUUUUUCUUGAUUACCAGUGUGCUCAUGAUUGGGUUCGUCAUCCUGGGCAGCCAUCAACCCGCCAGCCCACCGUCGACACCGCAGUCUGAUCCCGAGCACGGCGACGGGGUCAAGGGAAAGGAGGAUGAGCCGACGGAAACGACUUCGUUGCUCUCCUCCGAGUCCAGCCUCACCGACUCCGAGUACGGAAGCUCCGACAGCUCCAGUUCUUGGGGUUCGAAGGUGUCGGAUGGUGGAAAGUGGUACUGGUAUUGGCGGCAGUGA